UUUGUCAUCUAUAAGUGAGGAAGCGCUGGUUGUGCGCCAAGUGUUUUAGAGCACCUGGCUGUGCCGCGCGAUUGCAGUCGGUUCGUUUUUCAGCAUGCCUUCCUCUCGCUCCACCGCUCUUAAGGUGAUCGACAAAAAGACGCUGUUCACCAUCGAAAGCAUCCUUGGACUGGACAGGACAGAACAGCGUCCAAUAAUAACAUCGCAGAAACCACAUCGGCCAUGGAUGGAUUCGGAGACAACGCUACUUCAAGUUCACACUGUAGCAAACAUCCCACACGGAUCAUCAGAGGCAAAGGUCAAAGAGGAGAGUGCUGUGUGCAAACGGAUUACCACGGAUUCCUACAGAAGAACGCUCAACUGGUACAUUGGUCGCAGGCCCCGCACCGCUUUUACGGGAACGCAGAUUGAGGUUCUGGAAAGUGUAUUCAAGGUGAACUCCUACCCGGGUAUUGAUGUAAGGGAGGAGCUCGCGCAAAGACUGGGCUUGGAUGAAGACCGGAUACAGAUUUGGUUUCAGAACCGUCGGGCGAAGUUGAAGCGGUCACACAGAGAAUCUCAGUUUCUCAUGGUGAAAAAAGCCUUCUCUGCUCUCCAGAGUUCAUCAGAAUAGUAAAUACAACAGGAUAUCCACAUAGUCUCUGUCUCUCCAUCUCUUUCUCUCUCUCUUUCGCUCUCUCUCGCUCUCUGUCUCACACACACACACACACACACACACACACACACACACACACACAGAAAUAUGAUUCUCUGAGAAUGAGCAAAUGGCUUUUCCUUGUGGAUUUGGAAUUUACUUAUCUGUGCUCAUUUGUACUGCCUGCAUGUGCUUCUGUGAAAAUGUGUGUUUUGCUCGUUCUACAUAUUGGGUCCCCAUCGAUAUAUGAUAAUAUACAGCAGCGGCAUUCUUGAUUCAGUUUUUAAUCUCGUAAUUUAUAUUGUGUAAAUUGUUUUUAUGUUAUUGUGACACUGCUUUUUAAAUGGGUUUGAAUUGGAAAAUAAAUGUAUUUAAUAACAAA